GAGGACAUUAUCUCCCUUUCAUCACUUCUUUCACUGCUAUCAUUCUAUCUGUUCAUCAGGGGAGAAUAAAUAAACCCACCCAUGCACAUGCACAACAAACCCAGACAGCAGUGCUAAGAUAAAGAGGGAUGGGCUUCCUCAACCCACUCAGCUCUCAGACCUCGAGCUUCAGUAAUGGCAGCUCAGGUCACCGACUGACCCUGAAGUCACUGCUGAUCCCCUGACCGCUGCACCAUGAUCCUGUACCUGCUUAUUCCUGUUCUUAUCCUCAAUAAUGUGGAAUCACAAACAGCCAACAUGACAGAGGAAGAGAAGAGCAGAGAUUUGAGGAACCAAACAUUCAAUGAGUUCAAAACCAACAACAGUACAAUGGAAACAGGCAACUCGACAUCCAGUUUGAACAGAGAAGAGAAGACUCUGAUUGAGGAUGAACUGGAACACAACCAAACAUCUGGUAUCACAGAGGAUGAUGAGAGAUUUCAGGACCAAGAAAUGUGGUACCCACACAGACAUUGCAAUGUGUCCGAGCUGGAAAAGUUGAUUCACGUAUGUGGGGACGUUUUUCACAUGAAAAUGUCAAUCAGCACAGAAGACAGAUGUGUGCUUGACAAUAUAAUCAGACCAUACAACGACCUGACGACAUGCUUGGAGGAAAUGGUAUAUUCCAUGAACUGUAAUUACCCAAACCCAACCGUCCAAGAGCUUUUCCUCACCAUCCACACUAUGUAUUUCAACAACUGCUCCAUUAGAGCAGUUGAGAUUCCAUUAGAGGAUGCACCUCAGGGCGUUAUGAUCGCCCUCACUCUCAUCCCUGUGAGCCUCAUCCCCGUACUGGUUUAUCUGGUGGUGUUCAAAAGCAAAGUCCAAGAGUAAGUCAUGUUAGAUCCUCAUAGUGUCUGUGCCUAUUGGCUUUUAUCAGAACUUAUGUAUGGUCCUUCUGUCUGUUGGGUCUCGGUGGGUUUUUAUAUCAAAUAUUUUAAUUGGGCUAUUGGCUGGAAUAGUGUGUCAUUGUCCUUAUGGUUUAAACCAUGUUCAUGUCUUUUUUGUGUGCUUACAUUAUUGUGUUUAUUUUUAUUCUAUUGCUAACAACCUGUCAGGGACUGCAGAUGAAAAUGUGCCUUUUUGGCUAAAUCAGGCACAUUUACAUGAUGGACUAAUAUGCUAAGGUUAAUUAUCUUAUAUAAAUAAAUACAAAUCAUGCUA